CGUGGUGGAAUUGGACUCAUGGAUUAGCUCAAGCUGGCAAUGUAAGAAAAAAGUACUACAUUGCUUUUAAAAAAAUCAAAGCUUAUUUUUACAAUAAAGGAUUUCUAAAAAAAGGUGCACCCAGUUAGUUUCAAAAUAAUCAGAGAUGCACUAAUGGAGAAUUUCAUUUAGUAAGCUGUGGGCGUUCACCUUCACUUCCAUAGUGGUACAGUCCAUCACCGGCGUGUCCCCAAAUUGCUGCGCCAGCCUAUAAAACUUCUCGACAAAGCAGAUAAAUCAGAAGUUUUCAUCCGACGCGAAACAAGCAGGGGAAAAAAUAAAAAUAAAAUCCUCCUGUGCAGUGCAGACAUGGAGCAAACCGAGGUGGUGAAGCCCGAAACUCUGGACGAGCUGAUCGCAAUUCUGCACAAGAUCUUUGAGAGUGACACCAUCAAUGUGGAGGAGGUUCAGAAUAUCAUGGAAUCAUACGAGAGCAAGCCUCACGAAUGGAUGAAGUAUGCAAAGUUUGACCAAUACAGGUACACGAGGAACUUGGUUGAUGAGGGUAAUGGGAAGUUCAAUCUCAUGAUUCUCUGUUGGGGUGAAGGACAUGGAAGGUGUCUGUGUGUUUCAGACUCCAUUGGUCUGCAUCGUGUAGAAAACGUCAGUCACACAGAGUGCGCCGUGAGUUUGCACCUGUACAGUCCCCCGUUCGACUCCUGUCAGACCUUUGACCAGCGAACAGGCCACAAGAACACCGUCAAGAUGACCUUUUGGAGCAAGUACGGAGAAAGGACUCCAUAUACCUCAAUUUCACAAGAGAACAACUAGACGCCACGUGACGGCCUCCAGCAGAGGAAGACAUUUUCAUUUAGAAUGACGGCUGCAUGAAAUUAAUUCAAAGGAAAGACCAGAAAAAGGUGGACCCACAAAUGGCCAUGCUUCCCAUUUGAAAAUCAGGAGUGGACCGGUUCAAAAUGGACAAUCCGCUAAUUGGAAAUGCUUUAUCGCUGCCCAGUGUGAACUUGGCAAAUACUGAUGAGCACAGGACGAAUGCAUGAAUAGGCUUGGACGUGGAUUGAAUCUGCCUUUUGUUUGCUUGGCCUGAAGAGAGCCUUUUUCCUACAAUAACAACAUUCCUGUCUGUCUUCUACCCGUGUAACCACACUUUUGUAAAGUUGACUCGUAGUCAGACAUUUGCUCUUCAGUGUUUUUAAAAAGAGGAAAUAUUGCUGUUUUUAGAAAUUCUCUUUUGUUUUCACGAAGGGACAAAAAAAGCAUCGGUUGUGUAAUGAACAGCUUCGUUCUCAAUCACUCUUUUAUAGCUGUACUCACUGCUGAUUCAUGCCACUCAAAAUUGUCUUAAAUCUGUAGAAAGUUGAGGAUUGUGACCUGUACAGUUUACCUGCAAAAAGUUUGUUCUGUUUGCGUUGGGCGUAAGAAAUGUAAAGCUUUAGAGUUUUAUUGUUUUUAAACAUGUGAUGCUUGUAAUUUAUUUGCAGAGUAUCCUGUACUCUGAAAGAGUUUUUAAAUCGGCAAGCUUUUAAAUGUGUUCAUGCCAAUAGAGCAACGUGGAAAAGCUAUUUUGUAUUAGAAGAUAAAAUGUUUAUCUAAAAACUCAGGAUUUUUAUUUUUUUUCCUGUAUUUCUAUAGUGUGCAAUCUUUCACAGCGCUGACUUUUGCAUACUUCCAUCACUGUAGAAGAAUAAACACUAUCUCAUUUUCCCACA